UAGAAAUGCAACUAUAAUGGGUUUCCUGGCUGAGGUUGGCUUGUGAUCUUAAUGACGUUUAGCUAGCAAGCCAUGUUUCUUUAACUAGCUUUUUCAUAAAGGAAGACAUUGUCGAUUAGUUAUUAUCAGUGUUGCACUGAUAGUCAUGCAGAACGAGGACCCUAAACCAACAUUUUACACUUGUAGUUGCUUCAACACAGACAAUAUUUUCCUUGAGGACUACAAACUCCAUGUCCGAUUCGUUUCCGAGUGCCAGUUUAGAUCGAAAUAUCAAGCAGUGCUGAGGACGCUUGGUUGUUCCACUGAUGCACAGUUUGAUGAUGUCCUGCACAAGAUAGCUCUAGAAGUUGAAAGGCGCAGGAGCCUUGGUCUGAAGUCCGCUGACAGAGCUUCCGCCAUACGGAACAUCUACACACCUCUCCACAAACACGUUUACCUGCUGCAGGAAAACAAUUUGGCACCAGAGUUUAGACAGAUUGUAGACUAUUGUUGGUCUCAGGACGCCAGUGAAGAUGGACUUCUUGCCCUCAUACAGACCGAGACAGCCCAAAGAGUCUACCGCUUUCCUGUGUUCAAGAAAAGCUUUUGUGAGGAACUGAUAGAGGAGCUGGAGCACUUUGAAGUAUCCUCAGCUCCUAAGAGCAGACCUAACACUAUGAAUCACUAUGGGAUCCUACUAAACGAGCUGGGAUUGGACGAAGGCUUCAUUACCGUUCUGCGUGAACACUACCUGCAGCCAAUCACAUCUCUGCUGUACCGGGACUGUGGAGGACGACGGUUGGACAGCCACAAAGCGUUUGUGGUGAAGUACGACAUGCAUGAAGACCUGGACCUGAGUUAUCAUUAUGACAACGCUGAGGUCACUCUCAAUGUGUCGUUGGGGAAGGAGUUCACAGAGGGAAACCUCUACUUUGGGGACAUGAGACAGGUGCCGCUGAACGAGACCGAAUGCACGGAGGUGCAGCACAGAGUGGGCGAGGGGGUCCUACACAGGGGUCAGCACAUGCACGGGGCCCUGCCCAUCUCUUCCGGCCAGCGUUGGAACCUCAUCCUCUGGCUAAGAGCCUCACAAGAACGCAACAGGCUCUGCCCCAUGUGCAGCAGGAAACCCACUCUGGGGGAAGCAGAGGGCUUUGGAGACGGAUUUACCAAGGACCCUCCACUGAAUACAUCCUGCGUCCUCACGUAAAAACCUUCUCAGUCUUUUAGACGAAUCCCCAACCCUAGUCAGAUCCGGUUGCCGUUUGUUGUGUGACAAGUGAGUGUGGUUUCUUUGUGGGACAAAGUGCCAAAGGGGGUCAAGGAGAGGAAAGGUUAACAUGGAUGAAACUUCCCUCGUUAUUAGAACAGCUCUAGGAGGAACAGUGCAUAGCACAGUCACAUUUGUACUUUGUUGUGUUUGUUGAUUGACAAUGUUUUAUUUGUAUUUUUUUCAUUUUAGUUUAAUUCAGUGAUUUAUUUAAUUUAAUUUAGUCAAAUUGUUUGAUGUGUGAUGACACUGUCUGUUUGUGCUUCUGUGGUUUACUUCAUGAUCUUAUACAUUUCAACAUUCAGAUAUAUGGCAUGCACUGUCAAAAUGUUAAGACUGUUGUAUUGAAAAGAUUCAGAAUAAAUACACAGAUGUAAUUAUCAAUAUGCUAUCUGUAAUGACCAUCUCAGAUACAAUACACAAACAUCUUUUGUGCGCUAACAUUUUUUUCUUAUGGUAAAGUCAACAUUGAACAAGAAAAGGAUGACCACAAUAACAAUUCAAUCACAGCAAUACAUUCUGUACAUAAAUGAAGCAAAACUAUAAAUGUAUAUCCUCUGUAUAUAUAUUUCUCUGUUGUCAAGUAAUAUUCAUUUCCUCUGAACCUGUGCAGAAAUAUGUCUUUUUGUAAUAUAAGACAUACAUUAGACUGCCUUACCAUAUCCCUUAUGAUCUUAUUUUUAAAUGUAAUUACCAUCAUCAUCUUUAGUAGUGACAACAAAAAUGUGCAUUCUAGUAAACUUUUGGUUGUUU